AUGGAGGAUGUAGGAACAUCGGUUGAUGAUCAGCAGUCCCUAUUCGACUACGUACGUGAGUCGAAUGAAAAGAUCUUGACACCUCAAGUAGUAAACCUUGGUCCACUUCACCAUGGAAAAGAAGAGCUUAAAGCAAUGCAGGAGCACAAAAUAUUGUACUUGAAAGAUUUUCUUGAAUGGAGCGAGGCAAGCAUGGAGGAGUUAAUUAAAGUUGUAGAGGAGAGAGAGACAAGAUUGCGUAAUUGUUACGCAGAAACCAUCGAUCUUGGUAGUGAAGACUUUGUGAAAAUGAUGUUACUAGAUGCCUCCUUCAUCAUUGUGCUCCCAUUCUUCAUUCUUGAGGAUUUGCUUAAAGCAUCCAGCAUAACCAGAUAUAGCCCUGCUGAAGAGGAAUAUUCAGUGAUUAAGCUUACAUACAAGUUCUUCGAAGAGAGACGAGAUUCUUUGAUGAAAACGGGAAUUGUGGAGGAAAUCAAUUCGUCUGAAGUAGCACAUUUUGUUGACUUCAUAAUAAAAUGUCAGAAGCCAUCAGAGUCAGAUAAAACGGAGAAAGAACUCGAGACCAUAAACGUACCAAGUAUAACUGAACUCCAUCAAGCUGGAGUUAAGUUCAGGUUUAAACCGGGCAAAAGUUUGAUCGACAUGAAAUUCGAUAGAGGGAUCCUGGAAAUGCCACUAUUGAAAAUAGAUGACGACACAGAAAUCUUAUUCAGGAAUCUCCAGGCAUUUGAGCAAUGCCAUUGCGUCGAAGAUUAUAUAGCUAACUAUAUUUCAACAAUCAAUUUCCUUGUCGUUACUCCUAAGGAUGUGGAAAUCCUUGAUCGAAAUGGAAUUAUAGAAAACUGGAUACAUGACUAUGAAGCAGUUACGACUCUUCUUCAUAAUAUUUCCAAGGAAAAUGCACUCUCCGCGGAUGAUUUCAUCUUCGCUAGUCUCGUUGAAGAUCUGAAUGCAUACUGCAGGAGGCCUUGGAAUAAAUGGAAGGCAACCUUGAAACAAGAGUAUUUCCAUACUCCAUGGGCCAUAAUCUCUCUUAUUGCAGCCGCGAUUCUCCUCAUACUCACUACGGUACAAACCGUGUGUUCUCUUAUUCAAGUGUAG